CUGCCAGUACCAAAGCGCUUCUCUUAUCAAAGAAACACAACCGAAAACUGCAUUCAAUCACCGCUUUUAACAUGGGGACUGCUUGUUUUUUCUGGGACUUCUGUUUGUUUUUCGUCCUCAUAAAUACUUGUGCUGUGACGGGAAACGCUGGACUUGCAGAUGUGGACGAAUGCUCCGAGGGCACCGACGACUGUCACAUCGACGCCCUCUGCCAGAACACGCCCAAGUCCUUCAAGUGCAUCUGCAAGCCAGGCUACAAGGGCGAUGGCAAGCACUGUGAGGACAUGGACGAGUGCGACAAUGAUUACACAGGAGGCUGCGUCCACGAGUGCAUCAACAUCCCGGGCAACUACCGGUGCACGUGCUACGACGGCUUCAUGCUGGCCCACGAUGGACACAACUGCCUGGAUGUUGACGAGUGCCUGGACAACAAUGGCGGCUGCCAGCAGAUCUGCCUGAACACCAUGGGCAGCUACGAGUGUCUGUGCAAGGAGGGCUUCUUCCUGAGCGACAACCAGCACACCUGCAUCCAUCGCUCUGAUGAUGGGAUGAACUGCAUGAACAAGGACCACGGCUGUGCCCACAUCUGCAGGGAGACGCCCAAGGGGGGCCCGGCGUGCGAGUGCAGGCCUGGGUUCGAGCUGGCCAAGAACCAGAGGGACUGCAUAUUGACUUGUAACUAUGGAAACGGAGGGUGCCAGCACAACUGCGACGACACGGACGCGGGGCCCGUGUGCGGCUGCCACCAGAAGUAUGCGCUUCACUCAGACAGCAGAACCUGCAUCGAGAGAGAUGAGGCUGCAAUUGAGAGCUCUGAGUUCAAUUCCACGUCAGUAGCUGAUGUGGACAAGCGGGUGAAACGGCGCCUACUUAUGGAAACCUGUGCAGUGAACAAUGGCGGGUGCGACAGGACAUGCAAGGACACAGCCACCGGAGUGCGCUGCAGCUGUCCCGUGGGCUUUACCUUGCAGCCUGACGGCAAAACCUGCAAAGACAUCGACGAGUGUCAAGAGAACAAUGGCGGCUGCGACCACUUCUGCAGGAACACGGUGGGGAGCUUCGAGUGCAGCUGUCAAAAAGGCCACAAGCUGCUGACGGACGAGCGCAGCUGCCAAGAUAUUGACGAAUGCUCCUUCGAAAGGACAUGUGACCACACAUGCAUCAACUACCCAGGCAGCUUUGAGUGUGUCUGUCAGAAGGGCUACACCCUCUACGGGCUGACACACUGCGGGGGUGAGUGCCUCCUCAGCACACAGCCGAGGGCAGCGACCUGCCCUGAGGAGUACACGCUGGUCCCACCCAUCAAGCAGAAGGCUAGAUUCAAGAUCAAGGAUGCAAAGUGUCACCUCCGCCCUCGCAACAAGGAGAAGUUCAAGGAGAGCUCUAGGCAGAUGCUGCAAGGGGGCCAGUUCCCCUGCACUGACGACUGCCAGGUGACCUUCGUCAACCUCAAGUGCGACUCGUCUAAGAAGCGCCGGCGGGGCCGUAAAUCCCCCUCCAAGGAGGUGUCCCACAUCACUGCGGAGUUUGAGAUGGAGAUGAAGGAGGAGGAGGCCUCAGAAUCGUGUAACAUGGACUGCGUGAGGGAGAAGAUGAAGCAGAAGCUGCAGAUGGCCAUGAGGACCCUCAGGAAGUCCAUCAACAAGCAGCAGUUCUACAUCCAGUUCUCGGGCACGGAGUACGAGGUGGCCCAGAAGCCGGCCAAGCUCCUGGAGAAGCAGGAGACCUGCAGCACCGGCCACGUCCUACGGGACGGCAAGUGUGCCAGUUGCAGUGUGGGGACUUUCUACAGUGGAGAGCAGGAAGACUGUGUGCAGUGCCCACCGGGCACGUACCAGGACAUGGAGGGACAGCUGUCCUGUGAGCCCUGCCCCAGCACGGAGGUCCAGGGCAUCGCCGGCGCCAAGAACGUGUCCGAGUGUGGAGGCCAGUGUCCCCCAGGUCACUUCUCCUCGGACGGCUUCCGACCCUGUCAGUUCUGCCCCCUCGGGACAUUCCAGCCCGAGCCCGGCCGGGUUCUCUGCUUUCCCUGUGGUGGGGGCCUCAUGACCAAAUAUGAGGGCGCAGUGUCCUUCAGGGACUGCGAGGCCAAAGUGCACUGUGCUCCUGGACACCAUUACAACUCCACUACACACCGCUGCAUCCGCUGUCCUGCUGGAACGUACCAGAACGAGUUCGGCCAGAACUACUGCAUCACCUGCCCCGGGAACACGACCACGGACUUCGAUGGUGCCACCAACGUCUCGCACUGCAAGAAUCAGCUGUGCGGUGGGGAGCUGGGGGACUACACGGGCUACAUUGAGUCGCCUAACUACCCCGGCGACUACCCCUCCAACGUGGACUGCGUCUGGAAUAUCAACCCUCCACCCAAGAGGCGAAUCCUCAUCGUUGUGCCAGAGAUCUUUCUGCCCAUCGAGGACGAGUGUGGCGACGUACUGGUCAUGAGGAAGAGUGCCCUUCCCACCUCCAUCACGACCUACGAGACCUGCCAGACGUACGAGAGGCCCAUCGCCUUUACCUCCAGGUCACGCAAGCUGUGGAUCCAGUUUAAGUCCAAUGAGGGGAAUAGUGGCAAGGGCUUUCAGGUGCCCUACGUCACAUACGAUGAGGAUUACCAGCAGCUGAUAGAAGAUAUUGUUCGAGAUGGACGACUGUAUGCGUCAGAGAAUCAUCAAGAUAUACUAAAAGACAAGAAGCUGAUUAAAGCCCUGUUUGAUGUACUGGCCCAUCCUCAGAACUACUUCAAGUACACAGCCCAGGAGUCCAAAGAGAUGUUUCCCAGGUCCUUCAUAAAGCUGCUCCGCUCCAAAGUCUCCAGGUUUCUACGGCCGUACAAAUAGUGUGGCAUCUUCUUCUCUGCCCAUCCUGCCUAAAUCCCAAACCCGGCAUUUUUACCCAGAAUCCUCACAGAAAGUAACGAGAAUGCUGCCAUGACCCCAUCUGCCUGCAUUCCGCUCGCAGUCCUCGUUUUGACUUUAAACAUAUUCCGUGUAUUCCGUUUUUGCCAAGGAAUAUUUAUAUGUACUAGAACUUGCAGAAGCCUGCGUCAUGGAUGUUUGAUAUGUAUAUGUGUGUACAUAUAUGUAUGUGUUUGAAUGUGCACACAUGCUGUAUGAAUGUGUACAUUUAUACACGUAUAUAUAGAUAUAUUUUUCUUUGUUUUUUUUUUUUAUGAGAUCCCUGAUGUGCGCAAGAUUGAGGUUAUAAAAUUAUUAGUGCACUUAGUCUUUUUUUUUAGUUUUUUUUUUUUAUUUUACGAAAUGUAAAAAUGACGUCAUAACUCCAGAACCAUUCCAUUGCUGAUCUUUCUCACUGAAAGAACAGUGAUUACACGGCUGCGUAAAAACAAGUCUAUAUAUUAGAUUAAAAGGGGAAAAAAAAGGUUAACAAGAUUAAAAACUACCUGCGAGUAACAGAUGUUACAAUAGAAAUAAAUGUAUGUGAUGUUACUAAUAUUUGGAACUUUAAUUGCACUUGAAUUUUAUAUUGUAAACUGUAGAAAAAGAAAUCUAAGUUGCAUUUCCUUAUGUUUGUGUUGUAUAGAAAUUUAUUGCCUUGGUUGUAGAAAAGAAAGAAAGCAAGAUUUGUUCUGGCCAUUCUGGGUCUCCGUGACACCUGCCGUCACCUGGCGUGACCUGGUUUCACGGAAAGGAGCGGCAUCUCCAGACCGCUGGAAGAGUAUGUCCCCGAGACAUAAAACACGAUGGCCCCCCAGCCCCAUAAAAUAUCCUGAAUUCUUGGGAUUCCCUCCGAUCUGAUCUCUAGGGUGCCAUGAAGGAGGAACUUUCCACCGUGUUCUGAUGAGUACUAAUUGAAUUGUCUCUGCUGCUCGUUUGAGAGAUGGAGUCCUGGUGAAUGUUUGGCCAGAACGCCCUCCCCCUGCCUGUUUCAGCCCAGAUGUAGGAUAGCAGUGUUCCUGUUAUGUGUCAUGGCUUCUGUCUCGUGUUUCAGUGUUCUCUGCUUAGUGGUUCAUAUUUAUAAAACCGUGACACUGUCCUUACGAUAUACCUAUUUUUGUAAUCUAAAAUCUGACACUUACCAAAGUAACUAAAAUAUAUACUGGGGAGGGCUGAUCCUGGACAGAUGCCACCAAGUAUUGAUCCCAGGUCAUGAACCCUAUCUUAAUCACAACCAUUUUCUGAAUGGAUCUGAAACAGGGUCAGUGCUUUGGGGCACGUUUUAGUUCCGCUGUGUGAUGUUGGAUGGGUUGGGCCGGCCAAUCACAUUCAGCUUGUUUAAAUGGGUGGAGCUACUUGGUGUAAAGGAAAGGAGGGGAUUGGUCUGUUGGUGUUGACUUGUUUUUCAUAAACAGAGAAUUUCAGCAUCGUAAAAUUCUUUGAAGUGGACACUGCCAAAAGAUUAAAUAUGUUGAAAUUUGCUGAGCUUGAUGUGAGGUUUGGCAGUACGAGGUGGGUUCUUUCUGGGAAUCUAUAGCAUGGGCAUACAUUCUGCAAUGGUUUAUGAAUUAUGCCAUGUGUGUUUGUGCAUGAAUAAUAUGGAGAGAGAGAGAGAGAGAGAGUACACGUUUGUAUGAGUGAAAGGGAAGGAGAGAGAGGUUCUUUACGUCCUUGGUUUGAACCCCGUCUGUUUAAGACUGUAAUAUUUGGCUGUUUACUUGAUUUGUACCCAAAGAGAAAGUUUACUUCCAAAGUGCUGAGAAAAAGUUUGGUUCAUGACAGGGAACGUCAAGUAGGAAACGUCUGAGUGGAUGAGCAACAGAAAUAUUUGAAGGCAUGAACAUUUUUCAAGAUUAUGUUUACCCACCCUGCCGAUUUCAAUACUUAGUUCCCAGUCUUGGUUAGUACCUGUGUCCCUGCUUGUGCAGAUUUACUUUGGCCUCACAAUCCUAAUGUGGUUUUGGUGUAAAGCAUAAAUCAAAGUGUGUUCCUGAUUCUGGUUGGUCCCUGUGAACUAGGCACUGUGCAAGAUUUGUUUGCUACAGGAAGAGCCCCAUGUUGGGAGUUUAGGAAUCUGUGCGGACUCGUAAUUCUGAAGAGAAGAUGCUGCAUUUAGCUUAUACCGUGCUGUCAGUUAGCCAUUAUAAUUUGUCUAACUGAAUGGUAAUGUUUUGCUAUCUAGAUUAAUCACCUAGUUUCGGUAAUCAAUAACAAUUUCUCACUCAGGACCAAUACAUGCAGCGAAGAUAUAUAAUAUUAUACAGACUGGAGACAGGAAAGCGAUUCGGCAAGGUUUUGUCUAGUGAGCACUUACCAGUUAUGCACUCUGUCACGUUUCUGGAUCUUCAGCACCGUUUGCGUUGUACCUUCAAGUCUACCUUAGGAGAGCUGAACAAGCGGUUACGUCAUCCAGACCAAAGAGCAACAAAGCAGGUCACACUGGCCUGUCAAACUCCCACUCACUGCCAUCGCAGUACAAUGCUUCUCAUCCUCUGGUAUCUUCAGUCCAUAAGGAUUUGUGACAGCAUUUCAGUUUUCAGUCUGUCUCAGUCCCUUUUUAGUUUACUUAACGUGUAGUCUGCUCUCCUCGACCGUGAUAAGUGUGUUUAUGACGGCUUGGGCAGCUAGAUUUUAACACUUUAAUAAGCUGGUUAUUGCCAAAUGUUUUCUGUUACAUACAGCAUUCAUGAAUAUUCAUGCCUUCUAAGGUUGACUGAUGUGAACCAUGUUUUGGUUAUAAUGCGAGCGUAUGAAGUCUCAGAAGCGAUCGUGUAUACAUUUUUACACAUGACCUCAAGUGCCCUGGAGUCAGUCCGCAUUCUUCGAGAUGCCCUGUCACGUCCAGUUAAAUGUACGUGAAAUGUGUAAAUGGGUCCAGUUGAGAGAUAAUGUGUAACAUAUGUUUUCCAGUUUUGCUGGGAGUCCAAAGCUCAAAUAUGCUUCUUUCCAUUUGAGUGGAAGUGGAUUGAAUCACUCCCACCACCCCC